AUGUCAACACUCACCGUUGUUACUUUGCUGUACCUUUGUCUUGCUGGCGUCGGAGUGUAUCUGACGAAGCAGGUAUUCACCAAAAAUCGUGCACCAUAUCCUCCUGGUCCUCGGGGCCUGCCUCUAGUUGGGAAUAUUCAAGACAUACCUUAUGUCAAGCCCUGGCUCACCUUUGCUGAAUGGGGCAAGAAAUAUGGUGAUAUUUCGCACGUCAGUGCUCUGGGUAUGCACAUCUUCGUGCUGAACUCCGUCAAAACUGCAGUGGAAAUGCUAGACAAGAAGAGCUCUAUAUACUCUGACCGUCCGGUUGUCCCUAUGGGUGGCGAACUUAUAGGCUAUGAGCAAAGUCUGGCUUAUAUGCCCUAUGGUAAACGCUUUCGCUCGUCCCGCAAGUAUAUACAUCGCGUUUUUGGCAGUCGCGCUGCCUUGGUUGUCUACCAACCCAUCGAGGAGAUGGAGACCCGCCGAUUCCUGAAACGUGUAUUCGCGAAACCCGACCAACUGCGAGUACAUAUUCGACACACUGCUGGCACUAUCAUUCUACGCAUCUGUUAUGGUUAUGAAGUCAAAGAGAAUGAUGAUCCUCUCGUUGACAUUGCAGAACGUGUCUUAGACCAAUUCUCGCGGUACGGCUUUAUCGGUGAAUUUAUGGUCGACUUCCUGCCAUCCUUGGCAAAGGUCCCGGAGUGGUUCCCUGGUGCUGGCUUCAAACGCAUAGCCCGUGAGUGCCGUGUGACCCUCGAAGAGAUGGCUGCUACACCCUACAAGUUUGUCAAGGAUCAGAUGGCUGCUGGCAUUGCUCCAAAGUCUUUUUCCUCAGAGCUGUUGAAGGACCGUACUUUGACUGUGGAAGAGGAUGACAUUGUGAAGUGGUCUGCUUUAUCCGUAUUCAGCGGUGGUGCCGACACAACUGUUUCUGCGAUCUACUCAUUUUUUCUGGCUAUGACACUUUACCCUGAUGUGCAGAAGAAGGCUCAGGCUGAAAUUGAUGCUGUUGUUGGCCCAGAUCGUCUUCCCUCCUUCGCCGAUCGCGCCUCCCUCCCCUACAUCGAGGCGCUGACCAAGGAGAUCCUCCGCUGGCAUGUUAUCAUACCUACUGCUGAUCACUGCGUUACUGAGGACGACAUUCACGAUGGGUAUUACAUUCCAAAAGGCUCCGUGGUAAUCCCUAACAUAUGGUCCAUGCUCAAUGAUCCACAGACAUAUGCCAACCCUUCGGAAUUCAAUCCUGAGCGCUUUUUGUCCAAGGAUGGAAAAGAACCUGAGACCGAUUCUCGCACGUUUUGCUUUGGUUUUGGCAGACGGCUCUGCCCAGGUCUGCAUCUCGCUGAUGCAUCCAUCUGGAUAUCCACCGCAAUGUCACUUGCGGUGUUCAACGUUUCCAAGGUUGUCGAGAAUGGCGUUGAAAUCACCCCUGAAGUUGAUCCCUCAUCUGGACUGAUCAGCCACCCCAAGCCCUUUAAGUGUUCGAUCAAGGCUCGCUCUGAAAAAGCCAUUUCACUCAUUCAACAAGAUGCUUAUUAA